AUAUCAAUGAAUAAAUCACUUUUUAUGCCUUGUAGUAUCCUUUGAGUCAAACAAGAGCGUCUCCUUUUAUGUUUUAAAGACCUAGCUUGUUUGUAAGUAAUCCCUUGUUGUUUUAAAGAGUCAAGUCUCCACAUUUGAAACUGUUGAAUAACAGGCUCAAUUAUGACCAGUUUUGUAGUUGCCAUAGUUUUCAGUUAGUUGAGCUUGUCUGUUCAUUUCUGUUAAUUUUAAAGUUGUAAGUGGUUCAGUUACAGUUCUUUUUGGUUCCUCGGAGAUCUCAUCAGCAAGCGUAUAAAAUAAGAAACAUAUCUAAAACUGGAACCAGUGGAUUAUCUGCAUUGCAAAUCUCAUAAACCUGAACAAUGACUGGAGAAAAAAUCUUUCUUGAAAUCUUUCUACUGUCUAAUGAUAAUUAAAGGACUGACCUCUCUAUAGAAAAUGAAAAGUAAAUAUGGCUCAGAGGGUACUAGUAAAACUAGAUGUAUUGAAGCGAUAUGAGAAGAAAAAACUGAGCAAAUAUGACAUGGUUGAGUGUCAGAAUCUUGGGAAACUACAAUUAAAACCCUAUCGGAGAACUCCACUGACAUUUGAUUUUAAAUUGUUUUAUGACCCUACAACUAAGAAAUCAAAUAUUCCAGCAAUUCCAUCUAUACAUAAUUCAUACAUUACAGAAAAGAAGCAGAGUUCAGCUGUGCUGCUUGAAAGCUGUGAUAUUUCUAGUGCUUCAAGGUCUGAAUUAUCAACACACUUCUCUAGGAAUAAUUAUUCUGGCAAACCUGCUGUAAGGCCAUCUAGUGCUCCAAGCUAUCUGAAAUCUAACCUGAAGAAUGCAGAUGGAAACUUCUUAAUCGUGAAACAAAAGCCAAAGCAAAAAACUGCUUAUUCCACUUCAGAUAUCCAGAACAUACCAGAAACAUUGUCAGAUCUGAAUUUGUUGCCUGCAAGAACCUGUAUUAAUCGGGAUGGAGAGACAUCUAUCAGAGAGAGAAAAGAUGACUUAAUAAAUCAAUCUGCUAUUUGUGCUGAGGCCAGAAGGGAACCUACUCAAGAUAUGAUAAUGGGAAAUAAAUUCAUAAUUGGUACAAGUGAUCAUUUGCCAUCAACUGGCCAGGAUGAAAGGAAAGCUAAUCUUCCCAAAGAUUAUUUAAUUGACGAUGGACAAAGCAUUCAGGCUGGCUUUAUCUAUGACAACAAAAGUGGUUUAAAAAAGAAGGUAAUACCUAUACCUCUGGACAUUAUGGAUGAACUAAAAAAUCCAAAUGCCAAAAUUAUCAGUGCUGGUCGUGUAAAAGAAGAAUCACAAAAUCAAAUGAAAAUGAGUGAAUCAUUUCCCAUCUUUUGUCAUGAAAGAAGAAGGUGGAAGUUUGCUUGGAAUCAAUGGCUUUUGUUAUAUGGGAAGAAGACACUUGAUUAUUUGAAUCAGGAUAAUGAAGCAUGUAUGGACCUAAAUCCAGUUCUACAAAAUAAUUAUGAUGAUUCCACUGCAAUAAUCCAAAGUAGAAAAUCUCCUCAUUCUAAUCUAAGAGCAAAGAGGAAGAAAAAACCCACUUUUACUAGAAAACCAAAGCGCAUCACCAUUCAGAUUUUAUCUUUGGAAAGGCAGCUAAGCAAUCUUUCUGUAAAUUCUCAGAAAGGGACCUCUUUGGUUCAGAAAACCCAUGGUCAUUUCACCAAAACAAUCACCAGGCAUGUUGUAACCGAGAAAAAUAUUCUUCAAAAUAUGUCCCAGCGUAACAAAGACAUUCUUAUGGCAGACGAAAAAAACCCUAUAAGUAAUAUGGAACCCUCUCUCUCAACUGUCUCAAGAAUAAAAUCCUCACUUGCAGGGUUUUUGAAAAAACCACUGACUAAAAGUAAAGAAAGACUCAAAAAAAGUAAUGCCUUUGUGGAUUAUAUACCCUUCCCAAAACCAAUUCCAGUUUGUGAGGCUCCAGAUGGCUUGGUUGGCCAUAAACUGCCCCUUUUAGUGGAUUUUUCUUCGAGAAAGCCCAGUGACAAGCUAUCAGCUGAUAGAAACAGCUCUGACCAGGAUCCUUUCUUAAAUGAAACUACAACAACUGACAUGGAACUCAGAGCCCAGCAUCUGGAGUCUUCAAUGAGAAAAAGUGGAGAGACAUCAGGCAGGAUGACCAGUUCAUACUUCCUGCUAGACUUAAUGAACGAAAGGCCGGAGUCUGAGAAAUCAGAAAAUGGAGCCAUAUGUUCAAAAGAUGAGAGCACUGAAGACUCUUCUUCUACAGUGAUAAGUAUACCCACAGCACCAUCUGAUAUGUCACAAUCUCCAUGUCUUUCAAGGCCUGACACAGGUAACAGCUACAGUGUCAAAGCAACAUAGCGCCAACCUCUGAAAUUGACCUCUUGUUGUGUGAAAAGU